AUGAUGGAAUCUUCUAAAGAUCAAAAGCAAGUAGAAAAGAACAAGGAGCCUGUCUUUGUACCAGAUGAUGUGGAGGUGGCUCUGAAGGUAUCCCCGGAGGCUCGUGACUAUUCAGGAGCGCACGCAAAGAGUGACCCGGCCGAGAUCGCUUUGGUGCGACGCCUUGAUUGGAUGAUUAUGCCCAUUCUGUGGGGCAUGUACUGGCUCAACUACCUGGACCGCAAUGCCAUUGCACUCGCUAGACUAAACACCCUCGAAGAAGACCUCAACCUCUCGUCCACGGAAUACCAGACCUGCGUCUCCAUCCUCUUCGUCGGCUACGUCAUUGUCGGCAUCCCCGCCAACAUGGUUGUGACCCGCGUCCGACCCAGCCUGUGGAUGAGUUCCUGCAUGGCUAUCUGGGCCAUCAUCAGCGCCCUCACCGCCGUCAGCCACAAUUACACAGGCCUUCUGCUCACCCGUUUCUUCCUUGGCAUCACCGAGGCUCCGUACUACCCCGGCGCGCUCUACGUCCUCGCCACCUUCUACACCCGCAAAGAGCUGGCAACGCGAAUCUCGAUCCUCUACACUGGCAACAUCCUAGCAACCGCCUUUGCGGGUCUAAUUGCCUUGGGCAUCUUCCAAAUGCAUGGCAUGGCUGGAAUCGCCGGAUGGAGAUGGCUCUUCAUAAUACAAGGCGUCGUCACCUUCAUCCUCGCCAUCGUGGCCUACUUCGUCCUGCCCGACGAGCCUCUCACGACCCGCUGGCUCACCCCCGAAGAGCGCAUCCUGGCCAACGAACGCAUCUUGCGGGACACCGUGGGGAACACAGGCCAAACAACAACCUGGUCCGGGCUUCUCGAGGCUGCCAAAGACCCCAAGGUCUGGCUGUUCACGUUGAUGCAGCACUGCCACCUCGGGGCGAACGGCUUCAAGAACUUCUUCCCCACUGCCGUCGAGACCUUGGGCUUCAACGAGACCAUCACUCUCGUUCUGACGUGUCCUCCGUACCUCAUUGCGGGGGUGAUUUCCAUUGCGUGGUCUUGGUCUUCUGGAAGAUUCAACGAGAGGACGUGGCAUAUCACCAUCGCCAAAUCCGUCGCGGUUUUUGGAUUCGUCCUAGGCUGUGCCACAUUGAACACAGGCGCUAGAUACUCUAGUCUCCAUCCCCAAGAACACGUCGAGCCCGCACCCGCUGACGACACCCCGCCCUCCCCAGUCGCCAUGGUAGUCUUCAGCGUCGGGACUUACGCAGUCAACUCCAUCAUCCUCGGUUGGGUGUCUGCCACGUGCUCCCAGACGAAGGAGAAGAAGGCCUCGUCCCUGGCCAUCGUCAACUGCAUCGCCGUGGCGUCCUUCAUCUGGACUCCCUAUAUGUGGCCCAAGUCCGACGAGCCGCGUUACGUCAUGGCCAUGUCUUCCAGCGCGGCACUCAGCAUCGCGACCGCCUUGGGGGCUUGGGCGAUGCGCUUCUGGCUGAUGCGCGAGAACAAGAAGAUCAGGCGGUCCGAGAACGAAAGUGUGUUGUUUUAUGCGUACUAA